AUGUGGAGUAUUUUUAAUAAUGAAGACUUAUCGUUGAAUUUAGAAAAAAAAAAUGAAAAAAGGAAAACUUUUGAAAAAAUUAGAAAUAAAAAUCUUUUGAAUAAAAGAUCUUAUGGCUCUUUUUCUCAUUAUGAUAGUAAAAACUUUAAUAAAACUAUAGAUGAUAAAAUAAGAACAUUAAAAAAGCAUUUUAGAAAAAAUUAUAGAAUAAUACGAACGAAUUUGUUAAAAUUAAUUAAAAUAAUAAAAAAGUUUCCAGAAGCAAAUAAUGAAAAGGAUAAACCUGAAAAUGAAAGUAUCUCUAUUGACAUAGAAUUAAUUAAGAAAUUAAACAAAAUUAUUAACAAAAUAGAUAUAGAGCAACUAAAAUCUAAAAAAAGAAUAAGAAAAAAUAGAUUUAAGAACACACAUGCACUACAUAGCAAUUUAUCAAAAAGAAGCUUUCCAAGUAAAAUAUUCUCAAUUCAAAAAAAUGAUAGUUUUAAAAAUAAUAUAAAUGUAAUAAAAAAAAAAUAUUCAAAACGAAACUUACUUUUAAAUACAACUAAUAAUAUAAGGAAUAUACACAAACAAAAUUCUUAUGAAAAUGGUGGAUUGUUAUAUUGCAACAAUCUAAAAAAUAAUUAUUAUUAUAUGAAUUUAAAAAAUAAAAAACAAAAAAAUUCUAAUUUUUAUAACGACACUAACGAUGUAUCAGUGACUGAUUUUUACAUAUACUCUACAUUAAAUGCCAGUUUUAAUAGACUAAAUUCUAUGAAUAAGAAAAAAAAAAAAUUAAACUUAUUAAAUAUUCAAGGUAACAACAUUUACUUAAAAAAAGAAAAUACCUUAACAGAUUAUAAUAAUAUUGAAAACAGUUUAAAAAAUAGAAGUUUACAAAAUGUUCCUUAUAUGAAAAAUUAUAAUAUACUUAGUUCUCCUUAUCUUCAUAAUUUAACUGAACACUUUUAUUCACCAAAAAAAAAACAACAAAAAAAAAAUAUUUAUUCAAAUAAACAAAAAUUAAAAAAAUUUGUAAAAGAUGAAAAAAUUAGAAGUUUAUUAAGAACAGCAACAAAUGAAGACGAGUUGCUAAAAGCAAUUAAUGUCGCCAAAAUAGCAGGUCUGGAUUUUGAAGCAAAAUUAGGUAAUAAAAAACUACAAAAAUUGAAAUCUAUAAGUUAA